AUGACGGAUCUCAGCACCUACCUCGUGCUCGGUGCGGUGCUCCUGCCCCCCAUCCUACGACAGGCGCAACGUCUCGCUGUAAACGCACGCACGUCUCGCAAUGCAAGCGCGACACAGCAUCCGGUACCAGGCUUUCUGUCAUACGCACGCUUGACUCCAUUCGCAUCUCCCUUCUCGUCUGCAGUCACACUUGUCGCUUUCCUCUUCUUGUUCAUCAGCUUCCAUAACCUCGUUCCGGCUCGCUAUGGCUUCGACAUCUUCAUCCCAGCCUCCGUCCUCCACCGUUUACGCUUUUCGACUCACGCUAAUGCAAACUUCGCGCCUCUCCACAUCGAGCUCUUCCGCGGCGGAUACAAGCCCGACCUCUUUCUAGCUUACAAGGCUCCUGUCACAAUACCCACAACCACCCUGCGCAAUCUCAUCAACACCACGCCAGACCUUCUGCCCAUCGGCUUCCUCUCCCAGUCCAGCCUCCUCGAGCUGCAAGCACUCGUGUCCAGGCUUUCGAGCUACGAAGCCAGGCGUAUGUACCUCCUCCUUGGAUCCCGUCCGCUCGUCGACUGCACCUUCUGUAAGUCGGCCAACGACUUCGCUUUGUAUGCCGUCCCCUUCCUUUUAUGGGCGUACGCCUGGCGUAUUCUCGGGAUCGGUCUGCUCACCACUCAUCCGGACGACUCGGUGGCGGUUGCUAUUCGACAAGCUGCUUCUCUGAUCAGGCUACCUCUCCGCUCUUCACCGCAACCUGCCGCGUCGGACGCAGGUGGGAGAAGCUUCCAAGCAGACCGGAGCGGGUGGCGCACAUCAUCACUCGUCGUACUCACGUCCAUGCUGGUCAUCGAGCUGCUCGUCAUCUUCGAGUUUGGCCAAGUCACCGCGGAGCCCUCCCGGCUCAAUCAUUGGCACACCAACCUGCAUAUUCUGCGUCAAAUCGUGGCUGCAGCCCUCGCCCUCGUCAUCUAUCUCUUCCCAGCCCCGGGGGUGCCCAACACUUUCCAGCAGAGCCUGAUCCAUCUCGAUUCGGCUCAAACCAACUUGCAAAACCUCAUGCACGUAUCGCAGCUCGUCGACGUGACCCGCACUGUGGUCUUGCAAGACGAUCAGCUGCUCGACGUGACGCGGCGCUGGAAGAAUAGCCAUCAGACGUCCGCCGUCGACAUCGGCCCAGAAAAAGCGGAUGAGAUCAUUCAAACUGCCAUGUCACACGGUGGAGAGGCUGCCACCAAUGCCAUGUCUCAGGCUCGCGCUGGGGUGCAAAGAGUCACCCGCUUCUGGUGGCGCAACGCCGAGCUUGUCAACCAACAGUUGGAUCAGCAACAAGCUCGUGCAACAUCCUCUUCUGACGAUCCACAGCCACCUUGA